GCGGGCGCGGGUGGUGCUGAUGCCCCGAUCGUCGCGCCUUCGACUUCAUGGACAUCGAGAGCUGGCUAGGUCUUCAGAAGGAAGAUUGCUGUUUCUUUGUCCUUCACAUGGAAAAGCUAAAGGAAAAAAAUUCUCAAUCCAGUUCUGGUACAUGAGAGAGAACUUGGAGUCUAGUGUCUCCUCUGUACCGUUUACUGUAGUUUCUUGAAGUUUGAUGUUCAGUGGCCGCCUGUUGAAGACGGUAUUAUCCCCUUUUUCAUUUGCAGAGCAAAGAAGACAAAAACUCAAGGAACAGCUGUUAAAAAGAAAAACUUUUUUUGCGUACAAACAGGACAAUCAGCUAUUAUCCAGGAAAGACCAGAGAGUGAUGACAUCUGAGACCCAGGUUCAAGAACAAACAAAAGUUCUGAAACUUCAUACCAAAAUGGCUGAUAAAGAAAACGCUGGUAGACCUACAGGGAGCAAACAUAAUAUAAGGGUGGAAAAAAAUUGUAUGCCUUUAAAAUCUUCUAGUGAAUUAACCAAUUCAAAUAUAUCGAUUGAUUCACAUACUUUGGAGGAUAAUAAUCAAGCUCUGCAGUUGUCAAUUAAAGAUGACCCCCAAAGUCAACCAAUGACGUUAAGCCAAGCAUUUCACCUUAAAAACAAUAGUAAAAAGAAACAAACACCUACAGAAAAACCAAAGCAAGAUGCUACCAUGCCCAAGAAACCUGUUCUUGGAUCUUAUCGUGGCCAGAUUGUUCAGUCUAAGGUUAAUUCAUUUAGAAAACCUCUACAAAUCAAAGAUGAGAGUUCUACAACAAGGAAACUUUCAGCUACUGUCACUAAAGUUACAAAGCCUCUGCCUGUAAACACUAGCAGUGUAAUAGUGAGAAGUGAUCGACCUUUAAACAUGACCACUACAACUAAAUUUGUGAGCUCUACAUCUCAGAACAAACAACUUGUGCGACCUUCUAUUAGAAGUCACCAGGACAAGCAAGACACCACGAAACAAGGCAUCAUGAAACAGAGCAUCAGUAGAACCUCUGCCAAUGUCACAGUUCGGAAAGGGCCUCAUGACAAAGAAUUACCACAAUUAAAUACAGUUGUAUCUAGUUUCAAAGUCAGUUCUUCUCAGGAUAUAAAGAGAAAUAAAGCACUAUCAAAAAGUGUGACAUCUGAAACUGUAGUCUGGCCUGCUUCAUCUUAUAAAACCAAACUGAUAGAAAAUUCAAAAACCAUUGAUCAGCACAGACAUACUAUAGCAAAAGCAACUGUUGACAGUAGACCAACUCGGCCCAAAGAAACUGCAGAAGAGAGAAAAGCUCGUCUGAAUGAGUGGAAGGCUGGCAAAGGAAGAAUGCUAAAAAGGCCUCCAACCUCAGUAGUUACGCAGCCUGAGCCUGAAGCACAAAAUGAAAAACCAGUUGGAUCCUUUUGGACUACCAUGGCUGAGGAAGAUGAACAAAGAUUAUUUACUGAAAAAGUAAACAAGACAUUUUCUGAAUGCCUGAACCUGAUUAAUGAGGGAUGCCCAAACGAAGAAAUACUGGUCAUACUGAACGACCUCAUUAAAAAUAUUCCAGAUGCCAAGAAACUUGUUAAGUAUUGGAUAUGCCUUGCACGUAUUGAACCAAUCACAAGUCCUAUUGAAAAUGUUAUUGCAAUCUAUGAGAAGGCCAUUCUGGCAGGAGCUCAGCCUAUUGAAGAGAUGCGGCAUACAAUUGUAGACAUUCUAACAACGAAGAGCCAAGAAAAAGUUAAAUUUGGGGAAAAGAUUGAGGAAACUUGUGCAAUCAAGGAACAAAUCCAAGAAGUCAGCAUUGAAGAUACAAGUAUUAGUCUAGAUUCAGGAAAACCGGAAAUUGAAAAUAAACAUCAUAAAAAUUUGGUAUUUCAAGAUUGUGAAAAAUCACAUGAUGACAAAACAAAAGAUCCGAUCAGUGAUACUAAAACUCCUAAUACAGAAACCAGGAUGAGUUGCUUAAUUAAAUAUAAUGUGUCUACUACACCAUACUUGCAAAGCUUAAAAAAGAAGAUGCAGUUUGAUGAAACAAAUUCUACGUUUAAAGAGCUGAAGUUUCUAACACCAGUUAGACGUUCUCAGCGUCUUCAGGAGAAGACUUCUAAAUUGCCCGAUAUGUUGAAAGACCAUUAUCCUUGUGUGUCUUCACUGGAACAGUUAACAGAAUUGGGAAAUGAAAAGGAUGCUUUUGUUUGCCGCCCUAAUGCAGCACUGUGCCGGAUGUACUUGGAGACCGAAACAAUAGAAGAGAAAUAAAACUAUGAUAGGAAUGGGGUUUUUAUUUUGCCUGGGGUGUUUUGUCUGGUUGAUUUUUGUGGUUUUAUAUAUCUCUUAGGUCGGGACAUAGCCAUGUUCCUAAUAUUCAUAGCAGGAAGCACUUUUUUAACAUUCGUCUUAUAGCAGUUGUCUCAUGUGUCUCGAUGCUAACCUACCUUGUCUAUCUCAACAGAAUGAGUUUUUGCCUAAGAUAGGUAAAUUUUGUCAGCUAGUUACUGUAUUCCUUGAAUACAGGUAUGUUUCAUUGCAGUAUUAGUUUGUUCUUUUACUUAUUUUGGUAAAAGAAGUAACACUGCAGUCUAAGUAAGUUUUAGGUGUCCAUCAUUGGGAGUCAACAUGUGUUUAUACCACUUUAAGUUCACCUCUAAAUGACCAGUUCUGUCCUCACCAUACCAUAGCCCCCUUUUCACUUUUAAUAGUCCCAAGUUACACCAAAAUUGUAAGUCAUCAAAUAUAAGUACAGCAUGCAUUCUCAGGAAUGAGAUGUUCUAGAUAAAAUAUUUUUGCAUGGAAAUGUUUUUAAAAUUUAUGAUACAUAUCCCUGCCUUUAAACAGAAUGCAGAUUUUGUUUGUUUUUGGCCAUUCCUUAAUUGUUGAUCACUUUGAGAGUCAGCCAUUAUAAUGUGUAGAGUGACUUUCUUUAAUUAUUAAGACAGAAGAUUCAGCUUGCUUUUUCACCAGACUCUUGUUACCCAGACUACUGACUGUUGUACCCCUCAAGCCUGCCUGGGGUUCUUCGCUGUCAUUUUCCAUCAACACUAAUGAGUCUGCAUCUGUGGUCUCUUGGCUUCUCUCUUGAUUUGUAGCGAAGGUUACCAAGUACUGUUAACUAAAUACUCCAUUUCAAACAGAAUAUACUUAGUGGUAAGAAGGGAAAGGUGCCAAACUUAGUGGGUAUUUGAAAUGUUAAAUCUGAAUUUCUUUCUUUAGUUUCCUUUAUAACUUGACUAUCUAAAAUUUUAGUUAAAAUUUUAACUUCUGUUACUUCAUGGUUUAACAUUCUGACAGUUUAUAGAUUAUUAAAAUGGAAUUAGAGAAGGAUGUAUUUAAUAUGAUUGAAAUUUAGGUAGUAUUUCUAAAAUAACUAAUAUUUAAACUUGCUUUCUUCUUCAUAAUAAAAAAUUUCUAUUAGAAUCAUUUACCCUGAAACAUAGUUACAUACAGUAAACAGUUUUCUUCUCCCCAUACAUAAAUACUAACAACCAAAUUGUCGACUAAGUUCCUGAACUAAUACUUAACUGUCAUACAUUCUCCUUCAACUCUAGCUUCAAAUAAAUAAUUGACCAGUGUAAAAGAUAUGUUUUAAAACUGUAAUAUGAAUGUGGUUGAAAAAUUACAGUCAUACUCAUUUAUUCCUUUUGUAUAACAGUACCUAUCAUCUAUUUAUUGUCUUCUCAUAUUGUAAGGAUUUUUUUCUCCAGUUGUGUGCCUAAUAUGUAUACAAUAAAUUAAAAUAUCUA